GCGGGAGUCGCCGAUGCCCAGAGUGUCGCUAUGGGGACCCAGGGGGCUUCCGGGGCCCUCGUCGGGGCUGAGGCGCAGCUUUAGGCCCCACCGAGUCCCCCCCACUAGCUUCCUGGCCCAGGCGCAGGCUUCUCGUAGCGCCAUCGGCAUGAGGGAACCCGAGGAGAUGGUGCCCGAUUCGGGUGCUGUGUUUACAUUUGGAAAAACUAAAUUUGCUGAAAAUACUCCCAGCAAAUUCUGGUUUAAAAAUGACAUACCUAUAUAUCUUUCAUGUGGAGAUGAACAUACUGCUAUUAUUACAGGAAAUAAUAAACUUUUCAUGUUUGGCUGCAACAACUGGGGCCAGUUGGGAUUAGGUUCAAAAUCAACUGUUAGCAAGCCAACAUGUGUCAAAGCUUUAAAACCUGAAAAAGUGAAAUUUGCUGCCUGUGGAAGGAACCACACCCUAGUUUCAACGGAAGGAGGCAAAGUUUAUGCAGCUGGAGGAAAUAAUGAAGGACAGCUAGGACUUGGUGACACUGAAGAGAGGAACACUUUUCAUCUAGUUAGUUUUUUUACAUCCCAGCAUAAGAUUAAACAACUUUCUGCUGGAUCUAAUACUUCAGCUGUACUGACUGAGGAUGGAGAGCUUUUUAUGUGGGGUGACAAUUCUGAAGGGCAAAUUGGUUUAAAUAAUAUAACUAAUGUAUGUGUCCCUCAUCAAGUGACCGUUGGAAAGCCUAUCUCCUGGAUCUCCUGUGGAUAUUACCAUUCAGCUUUUAUAACAACGGAGGGAGAACUGUACACCUUUGGAGAAGCUGAAUGCGGGAAGUUAGGCCUUCCCCCAGAACUGCUGGUCAAUCGCAAAGUGCCUCAGCUAGUGCCUGGAAUUCCUGAGAAGGUGAUCCAAGUCGCUUGUGGUGGAGGGCACACAGUUGUUCUCACAGAGAAUGCCGUGUACUCCUUUGGGCUGGGACAGUUUGGUCAACUGGGUCUUGGCACUUUUAUUUUUGAAACUUCAGAACCCAGAAUCAUUGAUGAUAUUAAGGAUCAGAAAAUAAGUUAUAUUUCCUGUGGAGAAAAUCACACAGCUUUGAUAACAGAUAUAGGCCUUAUGUAUACUUUUGGAGAUGGUCGACACGGAAAAUUAGGACUUGGAUUGGAGAAUUUUACCAAUCAAUUUGUUCCUACUUUGUGUUCUAACUUUUUGAGGUUUAUAGUUCAGUUGGUUGCUUGUGGUGGAUGUCACAUGCUAGUUUUUGCCACUCCACGACUUGAUAUGUCAGAAGACAAUGAUUCAGAUGAAAUGAAUGAUUGUUACUUACCUUCAUCUACAUUUUUGCCCAUCAGCGAUCUGACCUCAGAAACUGUCUUGAAUAGAUCUUUAUCAGCACGUAUGCGUCGAAGAGAGCGGGAGAAAUCUCCAGACUCUAUUCGAAUGCCAAGAACACUACCUCCAACUGAAGGGACUCUGGUACCACCCACUUGUUUUUCACCUCGUUCAGUUCCUUUCUGUGUGUCUGAAAGUGAUCUGCUAGAGAAAAUGAUGCCUGAAAAGGAGGGCUCCAUGCAGCCAGUGGAACCAGAUUAUUUUCAAUAUAAAAUGACCAAAGAGAAGGAGACAGACAAUUUUUCAUCAGUGGAUUCAGAAAGCCUUGGAGAAACUACUGAUGUCUUAAAUAUGACACAUAUGAUGAGCCUGAAUUCCAAUGAAAAAACAUUAAAAUUAUCGCCAAUUCAAAAACAAAAGAAACAAGAAACAAUUGAGAAACUGAAGCAGCAUACAGCUCAGACUGAAAAUGAUGAUAGUAAUGAGUAUGAAAGUGAAGAGAUGUCCCAAAAAAUGAAAGAAGGGAAAACAUAUAAACAACUUUUGGCAAAAGGAAUGUACGCGAUGCAAGCAGCUGUGACUGUGGAAGCAUUUUCAGAUGAGGACGUAGGUAAUGACUCGGGCCAGCGCAGCCGUCCAGCCAACACCAGUGCAGAGGGUUUGCAAAGAGGGAUAUUUAGACGUGAAAGUAAGCAUGGUGUCUAUCCACUUAAUAGUAAGGAAAUAGAAAAAGAAAGUGAUGGAGGACACAGUCAGAAGGAUUCAGAAGCAGAAGAAAUAGUCUCUAAGAAGGAAAGUGAUCUGGUGAAAAUGACAGGUCCGUAUAUAAGAAAAAGUGAAGAGAAUAGAAAAAAUAUUGACAUAUUUGACAACUUACCAAAUAGAGACAUGAAUAUUGAGGAUGAAGAAAAUAAAAAUUUUGUUAAGGAAAGUAAAAGGAACGAGCAAGAUGUGCUCUUUGACAGUGAAAGAGAAUCUACAGAGGAGCCAGAUAGUUACUUGGAAGGUGAUAGUGCAAGUCAGCAGGGUACAGCUGAUGGAUUCGAGCAGCCUGAGUCAAUAGAAUUUAGCAGUGGAGAGAAGGAGGAUGAUGAAGUGGAGACUGAUGUAAACUUAUGGUAUAGCAGAAAAUGUAUUGAACAAGGACAUGAGGAAGAGAUUGAACACCGAAUGUCCAAAUUCCUAACAAAAUAUGAUUUUAAGUGUGACCGCUUGUCAGAGAUCCCAGAGGAGCAGGAAGGAGAAGAUGAUUCAGAAGGAAGUGGAAUAGAGGAGCAAGAGAUAGAGGCAAAUGAGGAGAUGCCUGGAGGAAAAGAGAAGGAAGCAGAGCUCCUGUCAGAUGACCUUACAAACAGAGCAGAGGUGAGUGAAGGCGAGGGAGAGCCAAGGGGAGAGGCAGAGCACCUGCCCGAAGGUGGAGGUGAGGGGAUCGGGAAGGAGGGGGAUUCAGGAGUGGAACGGAGGCGAAGUGAGGAAGUGGAGGAGGAGAAAGACAGGGCAGAAGGAGAAAUGGAGAGCCUGGGUAAGGGAGAGAAAGACUUGGAAGAGGAGGAGGAACAGGAGCCAGAGGAGAGGGAACAAGGCCAUCAGGAGGAAAGAAACAAAGGGAUGGAGGAAGGGGAAGGGGGAGAACAAGGAGAGGAGGAGGAAGAGGGAGGAGAAGAGAAAGAAGAGGAAGAGGAAGAGGAAGGGGAGGAGGAGAAGGGAGCCGGGAAAGAGGAGGGAGAAGGGGAGGAAGAGCCAGAAGGGAAGGGGGAGGAGGUGGGGGAAGGGCAGGAAGAAGAGGGGGGAGAGGAGGAAGGGGAGGGGGGAGAGGAGGAAAGAGACAAGAAAGGGCAGGAAGGAGAGGAGGAAGGAGAGGGGGAGGAGGUGGGGGAAGGGCAGGAAGAAGAGGGAGAGGAGGAAGGGGAGGGGGGAGAGGAGGAAGGGGAAGAAGGAGAGGAAGGAGAAGGGGAAGGGCAGGAAGGGGGAGAGGAGGAGGGGCAAGAAGGAGAGGAGGAAGGAGAGGGGGAAGGGCAGGAAGGAGAAGGGGGAGAGGAGGAGGGGCAAGAAGGAGAGGAGGAAGAGGGGAAAGGGCAGGAAGGAGAGGAGGAGGAAGAAGGAGAGGAGGAGGAGGGGGAAGGAGAGGAAGAGGAAGGAGAAGGGGAGGGGCAGGGGGGAGAAGAAGCAGAGGAGGAGGGAGAAGAAGAGGGAGAGGAGGAAGGGCAAGAAGGAGAGGAAGAAGGAGAGGGAGAAGGGGAGGGGGAAGGAGAAGAAGAGGAAGAAGGAGAGGGGGAGGAGGGAAAAGGGGAGGAGGAAGAGGAAGGAGAGGAGCAGGAAGAAGAGGGGGAAGGCAACCAAAGGGAAAAGAAGGAGGGGAAACUGGGGAAGAGGAAAGAGGAAGAAAAGAGGAGGAGAGAAGAGGAGGAGGAAGAAGAGGAGGACGAGGAGGAAGAGGAGGGGAAGUCCCAGGAGACAGGCAAUGAAGAAAGGGGAAGGCAGGGAAGACAGGGUGAAGGAAAAGAAUCCAAAAAAGUGAGGGAAAGCAGAGGAUCUGUGAAAUACAACAAAGAUAAAACACAUCCCAAAAAGCUGAUUGCUGAAAGGGAGGGAAAGGGGAAAGAGCAUGAAGUACAGAGGUUCAAAAUGCCAGUGCGGUCAAAACAACUUCUAGAAAAUGGGCCACCAGGUUCCAAAAAAUUCUGGAAUAAUGUAUUACCACAUUAUUUGGAAUUGAAGUAACAGAUUUUAAAUUUGACCUGAUUAUGUCCAACCAAAUAGUUUGAACACUUUAUGCAUAAUGGGCACUCAAUACAUUCUGUUAAACUGAUUUUAUGUCAUGGUUACUUUACAUGUGGUACAAUAACAACUGAUAAAGGUAACUUGUAGGUACUGGCAAAUUUUGACUCCUCCUAAACUAAUAUUUUGGUGUAUUUUCCCUAAAAUUAUAAAUAUAUAACUAGAAAAUAUGAAAAGGCCAUAGCAUAUAAUUAGCAUAAUUCCUCAUUAAAGACAGUUUUAGGGAAUAGGAGUAUACUAUAGAAAUACUUUGUGUACACAAACAGGUCCCUUUAAAAAUGGCACAGAUCUUUAAGGGUUAUAAAAAUGUCUGCUUGUAAAUAUGUUAGCAUAAUUUUUUUCAGUCUAUGAUUACAAUUAGCGUACCACAUAGAAUAAUUUUAUAAGAAUGGGUGGUAUUCUAAAGCUAAAAUGAAGGAUUCACAUUUUUUUAA